ACAAGGAGUAGUAUCUAGUGUCAGAUGGGAAACAACUGUGUUGGAUCGAGAACCUCUUCUUCUAAAGACGGAACAAAUGGCUCUUCUAAUUCAAGUUCAUUCUGGUGGUCACGUGGACACAAGAAAGAUGCUUCUCAUGCACACAAAAGUGGCAAAAAGAGUGCAAAAGCCGCAGAAACUGUUCAAAACAAGCCUCCGGAGAUGGUGAAAAUCGAGAGGGAGGAUGUGAAGCCUCCUCAUCAAUCCAAAGAGACUAAACCGCCUUCGGAAGAAACAAAGGAGCAGCCAACAAAACCAAAGAGGCCACACAAUGUGAAGAGGCUAGCAAGUGCAGGCCUCAAAACAGAUUCUGUUUUGCAACGAAAAACCGGUAACCUUAAGGAGUUUUACAAUUUGGGACCAAAGCUUGGACAAGGCCAGUUUGGAACCACUUUCCUUUGUGUGGAGAAGAUCACUGGGAAAGAGUAUGCAUGCAAAUCAAUAUUGAAGAGGAAGCUUUUGACAGAUGAGGAUGUGGAGGAUGUAAGGAGGGAGAUUCAGAUAAUGCACCACUUGGCUGGGAGUCCUAACGUGAUCUCCAUCAAGGAGGCUUUCGAGGACGCUGUCGCGGUUCAUGUUGUUAUGGAGCUCUGUGCAGGGGGUGAGUUGUUUGAUAGGAUUGUGGAAAGGGGGCAUUACACUGAAAGAAAGGCUGCUAAGCUUGCAAGGACUAUAGUUGGUGUGAUUGAGUCUUGCCACUCCCUUGGAGUGAUGCAUAGGGAUCUUAAGCCUGAGAAUUUUCUCUUUGUUAAUCAGCAAGAAGAAUCCCCUCUUAAGGCAAUAGAUUUUGGACUGUCUGCUUUUUUCAAACCAGGUGAAAUUUUUGGUGAUGUAGUAGGAAGUCCUUAUUAUGUAGCACCUGAAGUUCUACGUAAGCGUUAUGGCCCCGAAGCAGAUGUAUGGAGUGCUGGUGUCAUAAUCUACAUUCUCUUAAGUGGGGUGCCUCCAUUUUGGGGUGAAUCGGAGCAAGACAUAUUCGAGGCGAUUUUGCAUUCUGAUCUUGAUUUCUCAUCGGAUCCUUGGCCUGCUAUAUCUGAAAGUGCAAAAGACUUGGUUAGGAAGGUGCUUGUCAGAGAUCCUACUAAAAGGAUAACAGCUUAUGAAGUUCUUCGUCACCCCUGGAUUCAAGUUGAUGGAGCUGCUCCAGACAAACCUCUGGAUUCUGCAGUUUUGAGUCGCCUGAAGCAGUUUUAUGCAAUGAAUAAACUCAAGAAAAUGGCUCUCAGAGUUAUAGCACAGAAUCUUUCUGAAGAAGAAAUUGCAGGGUUGAAAGAAAUGUUUAAAAUGAUAGACACAGACAACAGUGGUCAAAUUACAUUUGAAGAACUCAAGGUUGGACUGAAAAUGUUUGGUGCUAAUCUCAAUGAAUCUGAAAUUUACGACCUUAUGCAAGCAGCUGACGUUGAUAACAGUGGCACAAUUGAAUAUGGAGAAUUCAUAGCUGCAACAUUGCAUCUAAACAAGGUUGACAGGGAAGAUCAUUUAGUUGCGGCUUUCGCUUAUUUUGAUAAAGAUGGAAGUGGAUACAUCACUCAAGAUGAGCUUCAACAAGCUUGUGAAGAAUUUGGCGUUGGAGAUGUCCGCUUGGAGGAAAUGAUCCGAGAAGCUGAUCAAGAUAAUGAUGGAAGAAUAGACUACAAUGAAUUUGUGGCUAUGAUGCAGAAAGGCCAUGCAGAUUUGGGUAAGAGGGGUCGAAAGGGUAACACUAGUUUUAGAGUUGGAUUUAGGGAAGCACCACCUGUACGUUAAUUAUAGUGGAUCAAUUUCCCUUGUUUCUUUUUUCCCAUUUUUGUUUUUUUUGGUAAAUUAGCAUUUUCUCCACGGUUGUUGUACUUAGUCUCUUGAGAGGAACCUAAAUGACUCGUAUUCCACAAAAUGUUGAUAGGCAUGCUUCAUGGAUUUUGCCAUCUUA